AUGCUCCUUGGGCGCAUUACCCUUGCCGCCUGUCUGCCUUCCAUUGCGGCGGCGUUUCCAGGAGGCGCCGCUGCUCUGGACAGCGUCCAAUCAGCCACCAAUAGCUUGGACAGGGGCCUUCAAAACUGGAACGGGUUCCCUCUUGGCAUUAUCUCCGUCGGCUUUCAGGCACAGCGGCUGUUGACAGACAUUGGCAGCACCGCCACUACACUCCAGCGCUUGGGGAAUCGAACCGGAAAUGACGACAAGCAAAUCAUGACGUCUGCACAGAAAGCCCUUGACAGCCUGGACCACAUUAUUGAUACCGUUGUCAACUCGAAGACAAAAUUCACCAAGCUGCCCCUUGGCACUGCCGUCAUCUUUGGCGUCCUCAAAACUCUAGAAGUGGCGACGAACAAGAUGGUUCAGAAUGGAGUCGAUGGUGCGUCGCCGGGAUAUAGGAAGCAGAUGGAGAAAAUGCAGGAUCACGCAAAGGGGGAUUUUACAAGGGCUUUCUCUGCCAUUGGCUAG